AUGCAGACGACGGAAAAUCCAGCAGAUUUAUGUUCAAGAGGAGUCCAACCGUCAAUUUUAGCCGACCCAAAGAAUGUUUGGUGGACUGGGCCGUCUUGGUUGUCAAAAUCAAGAUCGGAUUGGCCAUCUGUAAAGGAAGAUCCCGAUUCAAGCUACGACGAAAUCAACAAGGAGAAGAAGAAGUCAACGAUCGUGUUAACUAAUAUUGCCGCGCCUGCAGCUUUGUUCGACGAAACCAGAUACGGAACGUUGACAACUCUCUUAAGGUACACUGGAUAUAUCCUUAGAGCUUAUGGUAAUGUGAUUGCCGAUCGACUAGACCGACAAAACGCUCUUCGACAAGGAUUGAUUACAUCAGAAGAAAUGCAAUGCGCCAGGUUCUACUGGAUGAGGCAUCUGCAGCAACAAGCGUUUGGUGCGGAAUUGAAGCGGCUCGGCAAGAACAAAUUCGUUCAUCGUGACUCAAAGCUAUCGAAUUUUCAUCCUUAUCUUAAUAAAAAUGGACUCAUUACAUUGAAGAAUCGAACUAAGCUUUCUAGAUCGCUUCCGGAACAGGCUGAGGUUCCUAUUCUGCCGAAUCGACUCCCGCCGCAUUUCAUCACCCUGCUUGUUCGUGAUGUGCAUCGGCGUCUUUUGCAUGCUGGUGUUCGAGAUACGUUGACAGAAUUACGUCAAACGAGCUGGAUUCUAAAGGGCAGGCAAGUGGUGAAGAAGAUUUUGGCAAGAUGUUCGACAUGCAAUCGAGUCAACAGAAAGCCGUAUGACCAGCCGACUGGACCUUUGCCAGUCGAUCGAUGCACGAUGUCGCCGCCGUUCGACGUCACCGGCGUCGAUUUCGCUGGACCAGUUUAUUUACGUGGAUCUAACGCAAAAUCUUGGAUUUGUCUCUUCACAUGCGCAGUGACCCGCGCUCUUCAUUUGGAAUUGGUGCAAACGCUGACAGCCGUCGGUUUCCUGAUGGCGUUCGACCGUUUCGUAUCCAGAUUUGGGAUUUGUCGAAUAGUCUAUUCAGACAAUGCGAAGACAUUUCACCGAGCCAACAAGGAUUUAGCCGAAAUUUGGAAGGGAGCCGAACCAGAAAUCUUGAUCGAUCUCGCCAACCGCGGAAUCACGUGGAAAUUUAUCCCAGAAGGCGCGCCCUGGUGGGGUGGCUUCUGGGAGCGAAUGGUGAAAACUACAAAACAAGCCCUUAUCAAGAUAACCGGAACGGCCCAUUUAACCGAAGAGGAGCUCCGAACUACACUUUGUAAGAUCGAAGCGGUGGUGAAUUCGCGCCCUCUCACUUAUGUCUACAACGACCAUGACGAAGAGCAGCCAUUGUGUCCCAGUCAUUUUUUUGCUGGACGGCGAUUGACGACUCUACCUCCCAUCCCUCAAUCCGCCACGGAAGCUAAUGCAACGCGAAGAGAGCUGGUUGAGCGAGUCGAAUACUAUGGGAAGCUCACAGCUGAUUUCAAGAAAAGAUGGCACACGGAAUAUCUGCAAGAACGAGCUCUUCAUUUUAAGCACCAGCAUCGAAUUGAACCUAUUCGAAUUGGAGAAGUUGUCCUGAUUCAAGAAGACAAUAAGAAGCGUCAGCAGUGGGACAUUGGAGUCAUCAAGGAGACCAUCCCGUCGUCUGACGGCGUCGUCCGCCAAGUUCUUCUCCGAACUGCUUCCGGCCAGUUGCGCCGACCCGUGCAACGGCUUUGUGCGCUGGAAAUCAACGAAAACAAUCCAUGGGAGAAGGAGCUUCCACCGGUUGUGCAGAAUAACGCCGAAGAGGAGGAAAUUCAUCCGUCCGUGUCAUUUGCCGAAGCAGAGGAGAUUCAUCCGUCGGUGUCAUCUGCCGACGCGAUCCCACAACACGAGAACAUUAUCGAGCCCCCAUCACCGGAAGAAAAUCAACCGGAUUUAUUGCCAGACGUUCCAUAA